CUCACCUAACUCAGUAGAACAGUGUUUUCUUCAGGUCCAGUCAGAAAGCCUUUAUUACGCGAGCCGGGGAUCCGUGCUACUGCUGCAACGACUACUACGACGUUACACUGUGCAUUGCAAUCCAAAAAAGGGGGAAAGCCGUCUGCAAACGGGAAUCAGCCCCGACUAGGAAAGAGACGUGCAGGUCUCUGAACGUCAAUCAUGAACUAAGCAGGGACUUGGAAAAAAAGUUUUUUUCUCUCUCUCAAAAAAAUAAAUAAAUAAAAGUACUGAUUAAAAAUCAAGUUUGUGGAGUGGAAGCAUCGGCAGCACAAGCCCUGGGCAUCUCCGUUAACCACUGCCUGUACCGGCUGCAGUGACAUCAUGAAGCUCCUUCUCCUGCUCCUUCCCUUCCUCGCUGGGGUCCUCACACAGGGCUGCCCCAAAGACUGCACGUGCAACACUCCCAAACAAAUCUUCUGCAUCUACCGGAAAGCUGCACUGGUUCCCCAAGGGGUUCCAGACGACACAGUGAGCCUGUACCUCUUUGAGAACAAGAUCACCUCCCUGAGCGCUGAGGACUUCGCCGGGCUGAGCAAGCUUGAGCUCCUGGAUCUCUCCCAAAACGCAAUCUCCCACCUCCCCAGCCAGGUCUUCCGCCCGCUGGAGUCUCUCCGCAACCUGGACCUGUCAUCCAACCACAUCGAGAAGAUCACCAACGAGAGCUUCUCAGGGCUUCGCUGGCUGGAGCGCCUGUACCUGCAUGGAAACCGCAUCUCCACCAUCCACCCCGCUGCCUUCGACGACCUGGACCACCUCCUGGAACUCAAGCUCCAGAAGAACAGCCUCCAUGUGCUGCCAGCCCUCCACACUCCCAAGCUUCUCCUCCUGGACAUCAGCUUCAACCAGAUCCCCUCGCUGAGCGCCCGGGACCUCCACACAGCCAACCUGGAGACCCUAAAGCUGGCUGGCCUGGGGCUCAGCUCCUUGGAUGGGGAGGUGUUUGAAAACCUUGGGAAUCUCCAUGAGCUGGACCUCUCGGACAACCAGCUGACCGAUUUCCCCAUCGCCCUCAAAGCUUUGCGGGGGCUAACCAAGCUCAGCUUGGCGGGCAACUCCCAGGUAGCCCAGCUGAGAAACGAGGACUUCCACAACCUGGCCAACCUCCAGGAGCUGGACGUGAGCAACCUGAACCUGCAGGGCUUGCCCGAAGGCUUCCUGAAGCUCUUUCCCAGGCUGCAGACACUCACUGCGGCAGAGAACCCCUUCAACUGCAUCUGCCCGCUAGCCUGGUUUCCCCCAUGGGUGCGCAACAGCCAAGUGCAGCUGCUGAGGACCGAGGAAACCAGAUGUCACUUCCCCCCUCUCAACGCCGGCAAGGUCCUUGAAAGGCUGGAGCACCACGAUUUUGGAUGUCCUACCACCACCACUGUCAUGACCACCAGAGUCAGCACAAGCACUUCUAUGCCGGGGUCGACCACUGGUAUCUCCCUAACCCUAGCACCUAGCCAGCCCUCCACUCAACCACCCCCAGCCAAGGAAGAAAGCACUCCAGCUCCAAUCUCUCCAGUGCCAACCAGCAAAACCAGCCCCAAGGUGGUGCACAUCUGCCCGUCCAACUGUCUGAAUGGGGGAACCUGCCAGCUGGAUAACCUGGGGAAGCUUGAGUGCGUCUGCUCCAAAGGGUUCUGGGGACCCUACUGCGAAAACGCAGAGGGGACUCCCGAGGCGAUAUCCACAGCAACCAUAGAGAUGGAGUCCGCUAUCAACGCCAGGCAGGUCACGAGCACGUCAAUAGCGGUCGACCUCCACCGCUACAUCCAAGCCAGACGGCACCUGAAAGGGAUUCGCCUCACCUAUAGGAACCUCUCGGGUCCAGACAAGCGGCCGAUGCACCUGAACCUGCCACCAUCCUACCCGGAGUACACAGUGCGUGGGCUCCGGCCCAACUCCACCUACUACAUCUGCGCCAGCCCUAUGGGGGAGCCAGAGCAACAGGACAGCUGCUGCGUUGAAGCCCAGACCUCCAGCCAGGAGCACCAUUCCCCCGUCACCCAGUCCUAUGACGGGCAUCUGACCACCAUGGUGGUGCCGUCUGUGGCUGCCGUGCUGCUGGUGGUGGUGGCAGCGGCCGUGGGAGUCUACUACUUCCGCAGGAGACGUGCUAAAGGUCACCCAGACCUGGGGGCUGUCCCUUGCCCCUUGGAACUCGAGGGGGUCAAGGCAUGUUUGGAGAACAGGACUCUGCCUCCAAAGGGACCAGAGAUAAAGCAACCCCAAAACAUGCUGGAGUGCGAGGUGCCGCUAAUGCACAGGCACUGCGCCGGCAAUAACAACGUGCCGGCCAACGUGAAAAACUCUUACUUCUGAGCCCCUCUUAGAGAAAGCCUCCUUAGAGAGACUGAGAAGAAGGCUUGCCCCUCCCCUCCUUCCAUUAGAGAGGGAUCGGGGGGGUUCCAGAUGCUGGCUUCUGGAGUUGCUGAAUGCUUGGGAAAAAAAAAAAAAACUGAUGUGCAAUAAUCCAUGAGGAUUUUUUUUAAUGACUGAAAAGCAGACUGUGUAAAAAUGUGUUUUUUUUUUUAAACUGCGUAUAAGUGCCUCACAUAUGUAUGCAGGGCUUUGUUAGUUUUUUUAAAUACAUAUUUGUUGUAACACAUGGGUCUUGUAAAAUGAUUUAACCGGAUUGCAAGGGAACGAAAUAAAAAAAAUAAUAAUUAAAGCCACGAAUACAGUGGAUUAAGAGAAGAGGCAGCUUCUCAAGAAUGUUACCUGAAAGCAUGGAGAUUUGUAUUUGACAGGGUCAAGGACAGAGAGACAAGCCUGGUUUUAGUUCACACGACUCGCUAGAGGCUGAAACCUAGACAUUUCUACAGCUGCCGAAUUCUGCACAUAUCCUUGGUGCUGAGCCACCAAGUAGCGUUCCAUUGAACAAGCCUCAACCGAACCAUUAAUAACCCCACAGCGGGACGUCCUGACCGCAGGAACACGGCUGCACAUGGGGGGAUGGACCGCGACUGAAACAAGCAGCCCGAACGGGCUCACUGUGUAAAUAUCUUUAAAGACAUUGAGACGGGCACGUUCAAAGGAGCGGUGAGAUGGACGUUUCACUGUGCUGACUGGUGGCCCCAUGUUGCUGGCAGUGUGGGCAGUGCUGGAUUUGCCUCUAUGAGAAAGAACACUGCCUUUCUGAGCACUUGUCCUUAAGACUCACAUUCCACAAAUUUUCCAAAAACGAACCCGCCAGAACGAUCAUAUUAUCUACCACAUUUCUCUCCGCUAUAAAAAAAAUAUAUAUAUAUAUAUAUAUAUAUA